AUGCUUUGUUUUGAACAAAGAAUUUAUCAAAGUACCGAAAGUGCUAAAGAACAAACACCAGAGAAUUCACUACAUAACACCGAAGGUGUUCAAGAACAAACACCAGAGAAUUCAUCACAGUGCCAAAAGUACCCAAGGACAAAUGCUAGAGAAUUCACCACACAACACCAAAGGUGUUCAAGAACAAACACCAGAGAAUUCAUCAAAGUACCAAAAGUGCCUAAAAACAAACAUCGGAGAAUUCACCACAUAAUGCCGAAGGUGUUCAAGAACAAACAUCAGAGAAUUCAUCAUAGUGCCAAAAGUGCCCAAGGACAAAUGCCGGAGAAUUCACCACACAAUGCCGAGAACAAACAUCAGAGAAUUCAUCAUAGCACUGAAAGUGCCAAAGGACAAAUGCUAGAGAAUUCACUACACAACGCCGAAGGUGUCAAGAACAAACAUCAGAGAAUUCAUCACAGUGCCCAAGGACAAACGUCAGAGAAUUCAUCACACAAUGCCAAAGGUAUUCAAGAACACCAGAGAAUUCAUCAUAGUGCCAAGAACAAAUGCUGGAGAAUUCACUACACAAUGCUGAAGGUAUUCAAGAAUACCAGAAAAUUCAUCACAGUGCCAAGGACAAAUGCCAAAGAAUUCACUACACAACUCCGAAGAUAUUCAAAAACACCAGAGAAUUCAUCACAUGCCCGAGGACAAACACCAAAGAAUUCACUACACAAUGCUGAAGACAAAUGCCAGAGAGAAUUCACUACACAAUGCCGAAGGUGUUCAAGAACACCAGAACAAACGUCAGAGAAUUUAUCACACGAUGUCGAAGGUGUUCAAGAACAAACACCAGAGAAUUUAUCACAGUGCCAAAAGUGCCCAAGGACAAAUGUCAGAGAAUUCACCACAACGCUGAAG